CAGGUUGAUGACAAUGUCACCAGGCACAUCGACAGUGAGCUUAAAAGUGAUGAUUGGGACAUUAUGAUACUUCACUACUUGGGCCUUGACCAUAUAGGACACAUUGCAGGGCCAUCAAGUCCCCUUGUAGGACCCAAACUCUUGGAAAUGGACCAUAUUAUAAACAACAUUUAUAACGCAAUGCUCAGUUGGGAUAGAAAAAGAGAGGCACCUUCUCUGAUGGUACUCUGUGGUGAUCAUGGAAUGAGUGAUGCAGGGAGCCAUGGUGGUGCAUCAUCCUCAGAGACAAGUACUCCCCUUGUGUUUAUGAGCCCUUUGUUUGAACAUCUUGGAGGUGAAGUAUUUAACAGGAAAGAAGUUCAACAAAUUGAUCUGGUGCCGACUUUGAGUAUUCUUUUGGGGCUUCCAAUACCUCAAAAUAGGUAAAACACGAAACGGCCUUCAUUAUUUAACUAUUUAAAGCUUCUAAAUCCUUACUCGUUUCUCAAGGGGCGUAAACAAACCAAGUACCCAACAGACAGACAGACAAGCCUUACGAACGACUACACUUCAUAAACGCUAAAAGCCAUGCAAGAUAGAAACCUAUGCUCCUUGGUACUAAAUCCUAGGCUGCAAAGGAUAAUUCAAUCUCAUGAAGACAAAGGUUACUGAGGGAGCUUGAGAGGAUAUUAGUUCAUAAGACCUGGGAGUGUUGAAAGUAUACUCAACUAUAUUGUUUUUAGCCAGAGUGUAAGGAUAUCACAACACUUCAACUAACAAUGUGAAGGAAAACGCUCAUUAGCGUUUUACUAUUUCCCGCCUCUUGGCUUUUACCGGUACAGAACCAAGUGGCUUUUCAGUACAAAAUUUUGGCAGCAAACGUUUUAAAUGUUCUUGUACAGCAAAAUAAACAGCACCAAGGGAAAAUACAGCUCGAUCAAUGCUAUUCAUUUGACUGAUUACAUGUAAGGAGUACACAGACGUACUCAAAACCUAGGACAGAACUGACCACAGAGAAGUUACUCUUCCCACACAAUGCUUUCUCCAUUAAAAGCUCUUAUGUUUUUCGUGGUUUUGGUAAUGGUUUUGGUAAAUUCUAUCUGAUUCCUCCUUUGUUUUCUUUUCAGCAUAGGAGUUGCUAUACCAAGCCUCUUUGGCUUUCAUACACCAAGAGAAAUGCUAAGGGCUCUACAGCUUAACACACACCAGCUGUCUAAAACACUUACCGCAAAUGGCCACUCUGUAGAGAACAUGUACGAACUACACCACGCCCACAAGCUUCACUCUGAUUGGCUCAAAUCCACAGAAUCUGGACACAGUUCCACAAAUCUCAAGACAACGGCGGGAAAGGUUGCUAAGCAGUACAUCCUGGCUCUUGAGAAAAUGACCAGUCGCAUGACCGCCUCGCUUUCAAAAUACGACCUUCAUGCAAUGAUUUGUGGUAUAGCUGUUCUUAUUCAAACGCUUUACUGGGUGGCCUGUGGGUUGUGUCGAAUUUCUUUUCCAAACAAAACAGAUGAAAGCCUUGAUGUCUCUGUGACAAGUGUCUUUGUGGUGAGCGGCGCUGUUCCUCUUGUUGUCGUUCUCCACCUCUUAGCUUGUUCCAGCACGGUGAUUGGUAAGUGAAAAAAGCAGUUGAAACUUUCUUUUCCGAGAUUCCCUUGCUUUGAGACGUUUUUUUUUUCCAGGUUGCAAACAAAAAAUAGUUUUGAUCACAAGGCGCUGAUUAGAAGUCGACAAUGACUUGGGAGUGCUUUGGCACUAACUGUGACAUUUUCUUCACUUUGACUGACUCCUUUACACUUUCACCAUAGUUAGUAAAGAGGACCCCUCUACUAACUACGCUUUCACAUCUCUGAGUGUGGAACUAAGUAAUAAAUGACAAACGGUUCGUGACCGGGGAGAAAUAGGCGACAUUAUCCUCACUUGGUCAGACACUUCCACCCCUUCGUACCUAUUAAGUGUGAGAACUAAGUAACGAAUGACCGCUGUUUCGUGCCGGGCAGGGAAAAAAUCUACUUAAUCCUUGCUUUGACAGACUAUUCCAAACUUCUACAAUUUUAGAAGUGUAGAACUAAGAAGGAGAUACAAAAAUAAAAUAUCCUGUGGUCAGCGUUGGAAAAUUAAACUGCGUGCAGUCUCUUUUUUCCCUUAAUCCGUGACCCGUCGAGCGAAACGCGCGAGAGACGAAAAAUACCACGCGCGUGACUCAAGGCGCAAGGCGGGAGCUACCACUCUGGUUUCUCGUGUCUCGUGCGCUCGCGUCACCAAAUUUGUAGAAAAAGAGAGGCUGCUCGCUGCAGUCUACUGGACAAUUGUGUGAAUCUACACUGGACAAAACGACAGUUUGCGUGCAAAACUAUUCCUCAUAAUAUAGUCUCUCAAAUAAGAAAACUACUCCUUUCUCAAUUCCUUUUAAUUUUUCAGGGGGAAGUGACGUCAUGUGUGCUGCGAACAGCGUCGAAUCCUUUAUUUACAGUUCGACCGUAGCGCUGCAGACUGGAGUCUCUCUCGCAUUCAUUUUGCUUCGUAUUCCAAACCUUAAACCAUCCUUAUCGUGGACUUUAUCUUGGUUUUCUUCUCUUUUUCAAAGCAGAAGACACCUUUUUCUUAUAACAGGAGUUUUACUUCACACAUUUAGCCUUUUAUCGAGUAGUUUUGUUGAAGAGGAGCAUCAGACUUGGUAUUUUCUCACAUCGACAUUUUUCAUGAUCAUUUUAUUGGAGAAAAGUGUGUUAUUUUGCAAGAAAAACACUCGCGUUGCGUCGGAGGUAACACCAGAAAAAGCCACGCAGCCAGAAAACUUGGACGGUGAAAAUUGUGGAAGAUAUAGGAAAGAAAAACGCCUCAAUCAUAGUGAAAGUUUAACGCACACAGGCUUGAGUACAGACCAAGUGAUUUUUACUAACGUGAAAUUAGGCGAUCUUUUUUCAAGAGAAGAAUUUGUCAACGCUGAAACGAGUAGGAGGGAGAACAAUUGUUAUUCGAGGGAAGUGGCGAAAGCGCAGUAUAGAGAGUUAUCGUAUUGUCUGGUUGUUUUCGUACUUCUUGGUUUAGGAAGACUAUCUAGAGCGUGGAAUCAAACCGGAAUAAAAUGGGCUGAUAGACCUGAUAUAGGAGAUAGGCUUGUUAAGCCAGAAAACAAGAUAAUAUUAUCAAUAACUUAUUUUACAUCACUUUUGUUUAUCAUUGGAUUUCGCUACGGUCGCCAUGAUAUUCUCACUUCCGCUCUGUUCAUCGUUGGUUCUGUAUAUUCCUACCUCUAUCGAGCUGUCACUGGAAAUGUUCAGUUACCAUGGUUACCAAACGAACCAAUCACAAAAGGGAUUAUUGAAGCGCGAGUGACUUACUGUUGCGUGACAGCCAUGGUGUUGUGGAAUGUAAUUCUCUUAUUUAAGGCAAAUAACAGUAAAAAGAAGAGGCUUUUCCAGGAAUAUAUUUGUGAUGUAUGUGAACCUCUUGAAGGACUCCUGUCUAGUUUUUUGUUGCUGGAAAUCCUUCUUCAGCGACCCCACAAUGCUGCCAUCUUGGCUAUUUUUGUACUUCAAGAAAGUAUAUUAAGCCAAGUACUCUGGAAAAGGUAGGUAUAUGAGGCAGUAUAUAUGACUCUGUAAGAAUGGGCCAAGUAGGCCAUUUCCAAGUUCCAAAAACCCACUUUCCAAACGAGGUUAAGUUCAAAACCUUUCUUGUGAAAAUGAGUUUUAUUUGCGUGAGAAUAAAACACCAUUUUCAUAUCCAUGGCUUUGCUCUAAGCCUUGCUUUGAAACAGACUUGCGGUUACUAGGAAAUUACGUAUUUAAUUAAUGAAUUGUUUGCUAGUUGAAAAACUUCUCGAUUAUCCUUCAAUAGUAAUAAGUUUAAGCUAGAAAAUACGUAGGUAAUUCGCGACAUUUGUUAAAAUGCAGACAUGAUUUCUUGAGAUGCAAAAGAAUACAUUACGUGCUCGUAAAAUGUCGCAAAAUACUUAAAUACUUACAAGAAUCAAGAAUUUGAUAUGAGUCACGAUAUGUCUAAAAAAGUACUUGAAAUCAAGCCAUGAAAUAUUAAAAAGGCGGUUUGUGUUUUGGAAAAUAGUUGAACUCUGGUGUCCCUUCAACAUCUUAUUGUUGUCAUCUUAUGCGAGGUUUGAAUUCUUGCUUUUAUGAAACUUAAAAGACUUCUUCGAACUCUGUCGCUUUGGAAGGAAAUUGAUUCAGUUAAUCUCGCUUUUGAGAACUAUCAAGUUCUCCCAUUACAUCAUGACAUCUUACUGUUUUAUUAUUUGUCAUUAUUUAUUUCAUUUUCUCCGUAGCAAAGAGAAGUCGUGGAUCGUUACCCUCAGUUCCUUGUGGAUGGGCCAUGCGAUGUACUUUUCCCUUGGGAACUCAAACAGCCUGGCCUCAGUGGAUAUUUCUGCGGGCUAUGUGGGUCUAGAGGAUUUUGUACCCAGUAUUAUGGUCCCUCUCACAUAUGUAGCCACUUAUUGCGGUCCCUGUCUGUGGCUGAUGGCUGGAAUCUUGUCUGUUAUACAAAACACCAGAGAUGCAGUGAGGUACGUAAAAGUUUAACUUUACAUCACUUUAUCUGUUUCUUUGUGAUAUUUUAUCAGCAACACUACGAAAGAUGGAACCAUUAUGUUCACCAUAUAGACUUAGAAAAGAAAUUGCGGCAUAUCUCGGCUCUGAUUUGAAAGGUUACGUUAACGAUUUUUUCAAAAGACUCAAAACCCCGAGGCAAACCUUUGGUCGGUAGAGAGAAAAUUCCAGAUCAAGUUCCUGGUAAAAACAUGCAAUCUUAACCCUGACCAUGAGGACGUAACUAAUUUUACGAAAUAUAUCAGUGAGUACUGUGCCUAGAUUGCCGGGCUCUGCCCAGUUAGCUUCAAGAGUCUUAAUUUUAAACGACACUAACGAACGUUUUAUUCAUCAUUUUCUUUAGUUUACAGGUCUCUCUCUACCAAGCGUGUUACGUCAUCGCUCUCUGCCAGUCCGUGGUCCUUUGUGUUUACUGUACAUUAGUAUUUAGUCAGCGGUAUCACUUGUUCGUCUGGAGUGUCUUUUCGCCGAAGUUGCUCUACGAAACAACCAAAACUUUGCUGUACUCUGUGCUUUCUAUUUCUGUUAUUUGUCUGACGUGUUUCGUAGUAAGAACGGAGCGACUUAGCUUGCAGAAAUCUGAAUGA